UGGCGGAAGUGGUGUGGGCGAGGUGAGCGUGCAGUGCAGAGAAGCGGCGCGGCGUGGUGCAGGGUACGCUAUCCGAGCUGUAGCCAUUGCUUCUCCUCGCUCUGAGCUCCAAGAAGAUGACGCGCUUUGCUCUGACCGUUGUCAGGCAUGGAGAAACAAGACUGAACAAGGAGAAAAUAAUUCAAGGACAAGGAGUAGAUGCACCUAUUUCAGAAACUGGAUUGAAACAAGCAGCUGCUGCUGGUUUGUUUCUUAAUAAUGUGAAGUUUACUCAUAUUUUCUCCAGUGAUCUCACAAGGACAAAGCAGACUGUGCAUGGGAUUUUGGAGAAGAACAAAUUUUGCAGAGAUAUGACAGUAAAGUAUGAUUCAAGACUUCGAGAAAGAAAAUACGGGGUUGCAGAGAGCCGGGCGCUGAGUGAGCUCAGAGCGAUGGCCAAAGCAGCUGGGGAAGAAUGUCCUGCAUUCACACCACCUGGAGGGGAGACCUUAGACCAGGUAAAGAUGCGUGGAAAAGACUUUUUUGAAUUUCUUUGUCAAUUGAUCCUGAAGGAAGCAGGUCAAAAAGAACAGUUUUCCCCAGGAACUCCAAGCAACUGUCUGGAAACUUCUUUGGCAGAGAUAUUCCCUUUAGGAAAAAACUAUGCCUCCAAAUUUAAUUCAGACAGUGGCACUCCAGAAUUAGUAGCCAGUGUCUUAGUUGUGAGUCAUGGCGCUUACAUGAAAAGCCUGUUCAAUUAUUUCCUGACUGACCUUAAGUGUUCUUUACCAGCAACCGUGAGCGAAUCUGAGCUGAUGUCAGUCAGUCCCAAUACGGGGAUUAGUCUGUUUAUCAUAAACUUUGAGAAAGGAAUGGAAGCUAAACCAACAAUUCAGUGUGUUUGUAUGAACCUACACGAUCAUCUGAGUGGAGUGACUGAAACUCACUAAUUUUAAAUCUACAUCAAAAUUAACAAUUUUGAGCCUCUGAGGGAGGGCGUGCCUUUGACUCUGUUUAUUUCCAUCCUCUGCUAUUGCUGAUUUGGAAACAGUUAAAAAGCUAUGUGUUACAGCAGGUUAUAAAGCUUGAAUGGAAUCAUAGCCACAUAAAACACUAAUGGAAAAUCAUUUAGAAGUGACUUCUUUUGUCUGAGCUCCAGAAUACUUUUACCACCCUGCUUAGAUAUAUCUCUAGAUUGUAAAUGGAUGAAGGAACUCAGUAUUGCAAAUUGGGGGAUUAAUAAUCUGGUUACUGUUUUAUUCCCUUUUUUGUGUUGAUAUCUUUCUUUCAUAUCUGAAAAAUCUAGCAUUUUAUUGGCUCUUGUUAAGAUACUGUAUGUUUUGUACUUUCUCAGUCCAGUGCUUGGAAAAAGGAACUAUUUGUAAUUCCCACUGCAUAUUUAUAGUGACAAUAUGUUAUAUUUUAAAAGUCCAUUAAAUGAAACAUGCUUACCCUCAUAAGUUUAGGUAAAGCAAAAUGACACUAAAUUUUUAAUAUAGAAAUCAACUGUUGGAAUUGUUUACUCUAGAGGGAUGAAUGCGGAUUAUGAUUGCAGAGUGGUCUGGUGAGGAAGAAGUUAAAGCAUCACUUAAUUUAAAAACAUUAAAGAAGGAAUCUGAACAGAAGAUAAAGCCCUUUCUUAUCUAACCUGUAGGCUGAAGAACGUAGUUUGAGGGAGGCUCUAAAGAAAGCAAACACUUACUAGUAUACUGCACAGUAACCUCAGAGUAAAAGCGGGCGCUUCUUUGGAAAAAAAUGGUGCUCUGAUAACCACACCUGGGGGGGUGUUUUGUGGAAGGUACAGAUGAGGUUGCCUCUUUUCUCCACCAGAUGGCACUGGAGAAAAGGGAUUUUGGCUAACGUAAGUACAUAUGAUUGGGCCUUCAAAAGUCCUUAGCUAAAUGAAAAAGGGUUUUUACAUGUGGUUUGCCUUUCAGUUCUCAUGUUGAUGAAUGCUGUGAGUCUCAGCUUAUAAGAGUAUUAAUGCUAAAGUUUGUCAGUGAAGGCUAAAAUCACGUAUAGUCAACAUUUACUUUGAACAUGACUUAAAUCAUAUGUAAUGUUCGGCUUUAUGCUGUUCUCAGUGUGUUUAGCACCACCAGUUUUCCUGCCAGUAUUGGAACACAACGUGUGGGUGAGCACAGAGGAAGUAUGCUGUAGAUGGAAAUUUGAAAAAAUAACCGAAAAGGGCAAUUGAUGAUAAAU